UUUCAUGUUUCACGUCGUCGUGCCGGAGGAUGCAGCCUUUUAAAUGCAGAGCAAGCCAGGGUGUCCAGGGCCAUUAUGAGAUGUCGUCUCUUGGUGCCUCCUUUGUGCAUAUCCGUUUCGAUGACAUCCACUUCUACGAGAACUGUGGUGGUGGCAGCUUCGGGAGUGUGUACCGUGCCAGGUGGAUUUCGCAGGACAAGGAGGUGGCAGUAAAAAAGCUGCUCAAGAUAGAAAAUGAGGCAGAAAUCCUGAGUGUUCUCAGUCACAGGAACAUCAUUCAGUUUUAUGGGGCAGUUCUAGAAGCACCUAACUACGGCAUUGUCACAGAAUAUGCUAGUGGAGGAUCUCUGUAUGAUUACCUGUCCAGUGAUGAAAGUGAGGAGAUGGACAUGGGACAGAUAAUGACCUGGGCAAUGGAAAUAGCCAAAGGAAUGCACUAUUUACAUGCCGAGGCUCCAGUUAAGGUUAUCCACAGAGACCUGAAAUCCAGAAAUGUGGUGAUGACUGCAGACAAAGUGCUGAAGAUCUGUGACUUUGGUGCAUCCAGAUUCCACUCCCACACCACGCACAUGUCUCUGGUUGGCACCUUCCCAUGGAUGGCCCCUGAGGUGAUUCAGAGCCUACCUGUGUCUGAGACCUGUGACACAUACUCCUAUGGAGUGGUCCUCUGGGAGAUGCUGACGCGAGAGGUUCCCUUCAAAGGUCUUGAGGGCUUACAGGUGGCCUGGCUGGUGGUGGAGAAGAAUGAGAGACUGACUAUUCCCAGCACCUGCCCUGCCAGUUUUGCUGAUCUGAUGAGGAAGUGUUGGAUGAUAGACCCUAAGGAAAGACCAACAUUCAAACUGAUUCUAACAACCUUGGAGUCCAUGUCUAAAGACAGCCAGCUUCCUGACCAGUGCAACUCUUUUUUACAUAACAAGGCUGAGUGGAGGUGUGAGAUUGAGGCCACAUUGGAAAGGCUCAAGAAGCUGGAGAGGGACCUGAGCACCAAGGAACAGGAGCUGAAGGAGAGGGAACGUCGUCUUAAGAUGUGGGAACGCAAGCUAAUUGAGCAAUCUAGCGACCCGCUCUUCUUACCAGUCGUUGCAAAGAUUAGCACGGAGUCUUUCUUUGAGGCAAAGAUGGAAGAGUCAAACAGUCUGGAGAUGUCAUGUCAGGUCAUGGCCUCCAGUAACGGGGAGGAGGAUGGAAGCAGUCUUCAGGCUGUCAUGAAGGGCUUUGGGGACGUGUUCGACAUGGACCUGGUGGGCUCCACGCAGCCCUCGGGAGUGCAGCUGAGCAUGACGGCCAAACAGAACUCCUCCAAGUCCAGCAGCAUCCGUGCGGGCCGCAAAAUCAACAUGGCCGUCGGGAUAGGCGACUUUGACUGGUCUGAUGACAGUGACUAGAUGCCACUCUUGUGUUAGGUCCCAUUGGGCAAGGCUUAGGAGUGUUAGAGUGGAGGAGGCUGGUAUCAGCAUGAGCCUGAGCUUUAAACUGCAGCCACAACAAGCCGCCUUGUUGUCCUCAGUUGCUAAAGUGUAGUGCAAUCAGAUCUUUAGAGAAUAACACUGUGGAGAUGAAUGUCUUAGAUUCAAGCGACUUUUUUUUUUUUUUUUACUUUUAGUGUAAUCUUCCCUGCAUUUUGUGAAUUGCAUUUAGCCCAGUUAUUUCAAAGUAAUAACAUUUUUAUGGUAUUUUUGGUACAGCUAUGUAUUUUGUAAAUUAUUUAUACAGAAAAUCUAAAUGCCUUGAUUUUCAAGAGUGAUAUGUGCAAUAUUGAUAGCAUCCAUUUCAGAGGAUUGACUUCCCCACUGAUGCCAUUCAUAGAGUGUUUUAUUGAGCUGCAUGAUGCCAUGCUGCGCCCCAUGUCUGCUGGGCGAGAUGUAUAGAAUGACAUGCUGUGAGGAGAGAGCCUUGGAAUGAGGCUGCAUUGAGGAGGCACCGCUUUUAUAAUAAAUUGACAUUUCACUUCUUCCAAGAUUGGUCAAUUAUACACAGCAGAGAGAGGCUGGUGUGAUGAAGUCUCACCAGGGUGAGUGUGAGCUUGAAAUGGCUUAUACUGACCCGGAGCUCUCCAGACUCAGCCACAGCCCUGUGGUCCAUCUGCGACAAGCACACAUCAUUAUGUUAUAUACAGUACAUGAUUUAUAUGCUGAUUGCUGAGCCCUCUCAAGUCAGUGGCAUUUGUGUCUCUCAAAGUUCAGACAGGAAGUCUUCAAAUCAAGCGUCCAGUCAGGGUUGUUCAUGUGGGUCGUGUGACAAGCUGCAAGUUGGCUUGUGCUUUGAAGGGAUGUACUGUAUAUACAAAAGGUAAUAUGAGAUGUCAUUGUCACUGACUGCCAAGUUAGAAUAUAAAAUAAAUUGCAGACUACAUUUAUAAUCUUAAUAAACAAAAUCCAUGUUUCUUCUGGUGAUUAUCCAAACUAUAACUUGGAAAACUCAUUGUGGUGACAGCGUUUAAUUUACAAACAAGCUGUGAACAUGAAUGAAUGUAUACUGUAGGUGGUGUAAUGCCAGAUUCAGGGACAGAGUGAGAAGAACUGUUGGUCCCAAUGUGUUUAACCUCAGACAAGGAGCCCUCUCAUUUUACAGCUUUAGGAUAUAAUGAUACUGCCAGGAUAAAGAGACUUGAGUCUUUCUCCUUAAGAUGAUCUAGGCAUAAUAACGUACUACAGAAGCUGAAAGUCCAGCAAUGUUGUGUUUUCUCUAACAUGAGGUAGAGCAGCAGUGCUGCAAAAAGCAUGGCUCACUCAUAUGUGUUAAUUGUUUUUGUGCAUUUAGCGCUGUGGCCUGGAGACACAUAUUAACGAUUGCCAGUAAUUACCAUUUACACUAUUUUGUGUGACAUUUCAAACUUUUGUGUGAUUUUUGCAAGUGCUUAAUAUAUAGAUAUGAAGUAUCAUGCACAGAUUUUCAGUCAAUAGUGUGUUUAUUGUCAAAAUGCUUAUUUAAUUUUUUUCUAUGAUACUGUUCACCUUCUAUUCUGUUUACCUUUUGAAUCUAUUUAAAAAGAGGCAGUUUGUUAUGAAUGUCUUAGCUUUU